ACUCAAGGUGGUUUUUCUCCGAGAUGGUUUCCUUUUUGUUUAAAAAUGCAACACACAAAGAUAACCGGAUUUCAGGACCAGUGUGGUUGGACAGCUCCAUACAGAACAUUGUUCAUCUCGUCUGCCGCAAAAUCGAACUGUUGUGCAUCGAGCACCGAAAGCCAGGGUCGCUACAUUGAGAAAUAAAGGCGAUGGAAUUGCAAAGUUAAUUGGAGCUGUCCAGCAAAUUGUCUUCCCUUAACUUGAUUUCAAUAAUUCCUGAUAGACCUCUGACAGAAAAUAUAUACUGACCAACUAAAAAGCUAACAUCAAGAUUUUUUUGACAGAUUGUUUUUCAGUUCUUUUGUGGAUAGCGUUUAAAAGGAUGGAAUUGUUCGCCUUUGUCCAAAUUUGUGUAUUGCUUCUUUGCCAAGUCAGUGCUUUCCCCACACCUGAAGGUUCAGACGAUAAAUUUAUUUAUAACAGAGAACUGAGUGAAGAAAGGCCUUUACAAGAACAGAUUGCAGAAGCGGAUAGCGUCACCAAAUCCAUUCCUAAAGAAUCAAGAAAUGAUUCAGAUAGUGAUGAUUUCAACUUGCUAAGAUCUUUAGUUGAAAAGGUGAAGAAAGAGACUACAAAUGAACCUUCAAACAUUUCUUCAGUACCUGUACCAUACGCAUCAGAAGAUUUAGAUUCCACUAAGGCCCGCAGGCUAUCAGAGGACUAUGACUCCACAAAAAAUGGAAUGGAUUACAGACUUCAAGAUGACCCAGAUGGUCUUCACCAGCUAGAUGGAACACCUCUGACAGCAGAAGACAUUGUUCAAAAGAUAGCAACACGGAUCUAUGAAGAAAAUGACAGAGGAGUGUUUGACAGAAUUGUUUCUAAAUUGCUAAAUCUUGGACUGAUCACUGAAAGCCAAGCUUACACAUUGGAGGAUGAAGUAGCUGAAACUCUACAACAGUUAAUAGCCAAAGAAGCACAAAACAACAUUGAAAUUGACAACAGCAACCUGGACUACCCUACUGCGAGGACUGAUGACUACGCCUCACUGAAACAGGACACAAUGCUUACAGACAAACCGAAGAUCAGGAAUGAAGAGGAUCACAUGGCCGAUGAUGUCGAUGACACUGUUGACAGCAGCUGGGCUCCUCCCAAUGAGAUGGAGCGCAGAAAUCAGUUGUCUACAGAAGAUGAACUUGAAGACCUUCAGUACUUCCCAAAUUUCUAUAACUUACUGAAAAGCUUGAAUUCAGAUAAAGACGCUAAGGAAAAGGAAACAUUGAUUACCAUCAUGAAAACACUGAUAGACUUUGUCAAGAUGAUGGUCAAGUAUGGAACUAUAACACCAGAGGAAGGAGUUUCCUAUUUGGAAAAUCUUGAUGCAAUGAUUGCUCUUCAAACAAAAAAUAAACUAGGAAAACAUCUUGUAUAUCCUGAUGUGACACAACUAACAGAUAAGUUUAAUGAUGAUGACAACACUAAAGAAGAAGCUGCCAAAAUGGAGAAAGAAUAUGAAUCUCUAAAGGACUCAACCAAGAAAGAAGGAAAAGUGAAUGCUGAGCCUGACCCUGCUGGGAAGACCGAAACCUAUUUAGAAGCAAUCCGAAAGAAUAUUGAGUGGCUGAAGAAGCACAACAAGCAAGAAAACAAGGAAGAUUACGACAUUUCAAAACUAAGAGACUUCAUGGACCAGCAAGUUGAUUCUUACAUCGCCAAAGGAAUCCUGGAGAAAGACGAAGGCGAAGUCAUCAAGAGGAUUUACAGCAGUCUCUAGUACAAGAGCACAUGAGGCAAAAAACAAGAAGUAAUAAACUGCAGGUCACUUCUAGAUGGUUGGCCGUUAUAACAAUAUUAACUAAAGGAAGUGGUAACAAUUUGGGAACAUUUUAUAAGCAAUAUAUUUUAAACUUAAUUGCAGUUCAAUUUUUUUUUUUUUUGUAACUUUCACAAAGUGUCACACUGUGACAAAGAAUACAAGGAGUGUCGCUAUGGCGAGAUCACUUAUAAAGUGUGCGAUAGACCACCCCGAGGGGCCGCUUCUGUUUGGAAAGACGACUUGUGAAUCUGCUUUAGUAGCAAACCGAAGGCUUUGUUUCUCAUUGUCCUCAUUAUAACUCUGCAGUUGGUAGCGUAGCUUUUUGUUUUUCUAAGAUGAUUAAACGUAUCUCUUUACUGUCACGAAAAUGAACUAAACAGCUCUUACUGCUCAAAUCUUGCGUUUUGUGUCUCAUGACGUCACCCAAGCAUGUCACAGCAUCUCCUGCUGGCGUCAGUCUGUGGAGUCCUCCAUCGAUCGAGUUGUGUUACGGUUCUCGUACUCGUAAUCUCGGCCUUGUCUUGUUUCCAUUUUUGCAUGUACAGUAGAAUAAUAACCAGUUGCAGCCCAGACUUGUGAGUAAAGUGAAAAAGUCGAGAAUUUUUAAGUGUAAAUAUUUGUGACUUUUUUUUGGAAUACUGUAAACGCAUUAAAAAAAAAUGAUGUCGCUUGUCAGAGCAGGUGGGCACAGUGUGGUUCAUCGCAGUAACAUCAGCCCACCUCACCCACAAACACACACAAACAAACAAACA